AUGGCUGAAACAAACCAAACUGCAAUUUCAGUUGUUGAACCUGAAGAUUUUGUUGAAACUGUGAAUGAAAAUGCUGUGGAUAAUCCAAUUGUCAUCCCAUCUGAAGAUGUCAUUGCUACACCACCAAAUGAUGUUGGUGCUACAGGUGUACCCAUACAUGCUGCACAAAGAUACAUCGUUGACAUCAAUGGAUUGAUAGAUACAAAAAGCAACCAUUUCACCAUAGUUGCCGAAGUGAUGACACUUUGGGAGGUUCCAGAAGGAAGCAAAAUUCAAGCAACCAUUCCUGGAAGAAUUGUGAAAGAUUUUGCAAAUUCUUUCAAAGAAGAUCAUGUGGCUGACAAGCUAAAGGUUACUUUAUGGGGUGAACAUGCUGAUCAAGUCACUAAAUACAUGUCUAACAAUCCUCUAUCUCCUGUGGUUCUCAUUGUUCAAUAUGUUAAGUGCAAAAAAUACUACUCAAAAGCUUCUGUUACUACUAAUCUUUUCAAUGGGAAGAUAUAUCUUGAUGAUAUGUCAAUACCCGACAUAUCAGAGUACAAAGACAGAAGUAGUACCAAUGAAAUGAAAGCUGCAAGUAUCCAAAAAAUUUCAAUACUUUCACACGGUUCUGGAUACACAUCUUAUGAAGAAUUCAUAAAUGGAGCAAAACUUUUGUCAUUGGGUGACAUAGAUGAUCUUGAUGAGGCAGGGUAUGUUGUGAUUUUUGGAAAGAUCACAGGCUUAGCAAAAGAGUAUGAAUGGUCAUACAUUGGUUGCAGAGAUUACAACAAGAAGGUGGAGGAAAUUGAAAAAGACAAAGGUACCCGUAUUGUACCAUCAGCAAAAGGAAGAAAUACCAGUGACAACAAGAAAUUUGGUCUUGAGAAAAAAUGGUUUUGUGGUAAUCAUGGCCCUGUGUCUGCUGUUGGUCCAAAGUUCAAGUUACAAGUGUAUGCAAUGGAUGCUACUGGCAGCAGAAUUUUGACCCUUUGGGACAGGAUGGUCUACAAUUUUAUCAAUAAGUUGGAUGUCUCUAGAUACAAUAUCAGGAAUAGUAGUAGUGAGAUUUCUGUUGCUAGGCUUACUACUGAUGCUGAAAUAAUCAAGAAGUACAUUGAUGAUGUUUCUGAAGAUCAGACUGCAGUAUCCUGCACUGGAGAUACAGAGAUAGGGAAUUUGGCUGAUGACAUGGCUGACAGUCCUCCUCCAAAAAAUAAAAGUGCAGGAAGUUGCGGUGAAGACAGUGUCAAAUCCAAUCCCAACAAACGUGUCAGAAAACUUUGA